CGGAUUAGAGCCAAGAUGAUCUUCCGAACCCCGUACCUAGCAACCGAAAGCGGCAUGAAUAACUACAUCGUUAGCGGCACGACUUGUGUGAUCGGCCGCACCACCACCGCCAUCAACACUCGCAACGGCGUGGCAUUCAAAACCACCACGGGUUGUGCCAUCAGCACCAUUCGUGGUGGAGAAGAGCUCAUGGCGAGAACUGGUCGCGCCAUCACCUCGGCCACCCACCACGUCAUCAACAGGGCCAGUGGGUGGUCGAAACGGCGGGUUGUCGACGCGUGGCAACGCACAUCAAAGAAAGUUAUCAGGAAGAGCAAAAGCUUGCCGAAGCUGCCGGCGAUCCCAAAGCCAAAAGACCUAUUGGCGACGAUCGGAAACAAAGCUAACAAUCUCCGGAAGAAAAAGAAGAACAAAGCCGCGGAGGCCGACGAGGCGGCGGCUGAUUUCGGCGACGGCGGGCUGUGGCAGCGGGCGAUUCUGAUGGGCGACAAAUGCCAGCCGUUGGAUUUCGCCGGCGUCAUUUACUACGACAGCAAGGGGCGGCGCGUGUCGGAGCCUCCGUCAAGGUCGCCGCGUCGCUUCCCGGGGAAACUGCACGGUUCUGGCUCAUCCGGGGAACUCUAGAUUUCGCUCUUUUGGUGUCUGCGCCGCCGCCCGCCGCCGGUCAUUUACCGUCAUUUAUUGUCAUUUAAUUAAAGAAUCUCAAGUAUA